AUGCCGGAUCAGGCAAAAGACUUGUUUCCCAUGGGGGAGCCAGGAGAUCCUGGAGAGGAUGGCAUGAAAGGAGUGAAAGGAGAAGCUGGUUUACCUGGCCUGCCAGGAGAACGGCAUCACUCCAGGGUUUGGGGUGGAGUAGUGAGGGGAGAUGGGAAGAAGCUUUGGGAGGGCUUGCAAGACUGCUGUCUAGGAAAUUGGUAUCAACCAUUCCCUUUCCACAAGAGAAUUACAAAGACAUCUUUUCCCCCUCUCUUCCAGGGAAUAGAGGGUUCCAGAGGGCUCCCUGGAGUUCGCGGUGAUCCUGGAGAUCGAGGCCCGGUGGGAGAGAAGGGUGAUCGAGGUCCUCCAGGCCUGGAUGGUCGUAAUGGCUUGGAUGGAAAACCUGGACAAAUAGGCCCUUCAGGUCAAAGAGGUGACCCAGGAAAGCAGGGUGACCCUGGCCGAGAUGGCUUGCCAGGUCAGCGUGGAGAGCAAGGUCCUCCUGGAGCAAUUGGCCCCCUGGGAUCUCCAGGACUGCCUGGCAAGCCUGGCGAAGAUGGCAAACCUGGGCAGAAUGGGAAGAAUGGAGAAGAUGGGAUCCCGGGAGAAGACGGGAGAAAGGGGGAUAAAGGUGAAGCUGGAAUACCUGGCAAAGAAGGUCCUGAAGGUGUUAAAGGGGAGAGAGGAACCAGUGGGCCUCCAGGGCCUCCAGGACCACCAGGUGUUCCCGGCAUGCCUGGACAAGUUGGUCCACCAGGCCAGAGCAUGCCAGGCCUCCCUGGGGUAUCUGGUCAAAAGGGAGACAGAGGAGAACCUGGAUCCAAAGGAGAUCAGGGGAGAAAUGGUGAACCUGGGCCACGAGGGGAACCCGGAAUGGCAUCAAAUGUUGAACGUGCCCUGGAAGCAUAUGGUAUUAAGAUUUCCUUACUCCGAGAGAUCACUGGUGCCUACGACGGCAGUUCAGAUCAGCUGCUACCUGUUCCUGACCGCCGGAGAGGACUGAAGGGAGACAGAGGAGAUCCAGGAGACAGGGGACCACCAGGAAAGGAGGGUCCCAUAGGCUUCCCUGGGGAAAGAGGAGCAAAAGGAGAUAAAGGAAGUGAAGGACCACAAGGACCACCAGGACGUGCCAUCGGAGAGCGGGGGCCAGGAGGGCCACCUGGGCAGCCAGGGGAGCCUGGGAAACCUGGAAUUCCAGGGCUGCCAGGCCGGGCAGGAGAGCUUGGAGAAGCAGGGAAGCCUGGAGAGAAAGGUGACAGGGGUGAGAAAGGUGGAAAAGGAGAACAGGGCAGAGAAGGAUCACCAGGUCCUCCAGGCCCACCAGGACCGAAGGUAGAUACAACUCCUGAAGGGAGCCUCCCUGGAUUUCCUGGGGAACGUGGACCUAUAGGACCCAAGGGAAGCAAGGGAGACCCAGGAGAAGAUGGUGCAAAAGGCUCCAGAGGCGAUAAGGGUGAAGAUGGUCAAAAAGGGGAGAGAGGUGAAGCUGGUGAAAAGGGCAGGGAUGGCACUCCAGGACCUCCAGGAGAGAGAGGCCUUCCUGGCUCAGAAGGGAAAGCAGGCCUACAGGGUUUUAGAGGGCCCCCCGGCCCAGCUGGCUUCCCAGGUUUCCCCGGAGUUCUGGGCAGACCGGGAGAUGCAGGAGAACCUGGGUCCAGCAUCCGAGGUAUGCCAGGCCCUCAAGGGAGUGUGGGACUCCCAGGACCACCAGGAUCUCCUGGGCUUGCGGGUCCACAGGGCUCCACAGGAUUACCCGGGCAAGUGGGUGAGCCAGGGAAACCAGGUGUUCCAGGAAGAGAUGGUGUGCCUGGAAAAGAAGGGGAGCCUGGACUGCCUGGGAAAAUGGGUAUCCCAGGACCUUCAGGACCUGCUGGUCCUAAAGGAGAGCCUGGAGAUGCUGGGUCCCCAGGACAGAGUAUAGUGGGGCCUCCUGGAUUGAAAGGUGAGAAGGGUGCACCAGGAGACUUUGAUAAGGAACUUCUGGAGAAGCGAGGACUCAAGGGUGAUAGAGGCAUACCAGGCCCUCGUGGAGAGAAGGGUGAUCCUGGAAGUCCAGGGGUACCUGGAGAUCCUGGAGAAGAUGGAGCCAAAGGAUCACCUGGGAUCAAAGGAGAAAAGGGUUCAGUUGGAAUUGGCCUCCAGGGACCUCCUGGACAAGUUGGACCUCAAGGGUUGAAGGGAGACCCUGGUUUACCUGGCCCACCAGGCCCAUCUGGCUUGCCAGGUGUGGCUGGAACUCCUGGCCAGCCUGGACUGAGAGGAGAAAAUGGAAUGACUGGCCAACCUGGACCUCCAGGAGAGAGGGGUUUGAUUGGCUUCCCUGGGAGAGAUGGUACUUCUGGAUCACCAGGACCUCCAGGACCUCCAGGGUCACCAGGUUCCUCAGGCACACCAGGAGUAAAGGGUGACAAGGGGGACACAAGUGUUGGGCAACCAGGACCUAGAGGAGAACGAGGAGAUCCAGGACCGCGAGGCGAAGAUGGGCGCCCAGGACUGGAGGGAGAUCGUGGGCCUGCAGGCCCUCCUGGAAACAGAGGGGAGAGAGGUGACAAAGGUGACGUUGGGCUUAUGGGGCUGAAAGGAGACAAAGGAGAUACUGUCAUUGUGGAAGGCCCACCAGGUCUUAGAGGGAACAAAGGAGAACCAGGAGAACGUGGUCUGAAAGGAAUAGAAGGGGAGAAGGGUGACAAAGGAGAUCACGGAAUCAUUGGAGAGAAGGGAGUAAAGGGUGAGCAAGGUGAGAAGGGGUCCACAGGCUUCCCUGGUGCACGAGGGCCCAGUGGACAGAAGGGAGAAAUUGGUGAGUCAGGAGAACCAGGAGAGCCGGGUCAGCCUGGGAAGGACGGUAUUCCCGGAACCAGAGGGGAGAAAGGAGACAUGGGACCUAUUGGAAUGCGAGGCCCAAAGGGCGAUCGAGGAAUGAAAGGAGCCUGUGGCCAAGAUGGAGAUACGGGUGAGAAGGGAAAUUCCGGGUUGCCAGGCCGAAUGGGGCUUCCUGGAAGGAAGGGUGAUCCUGGAGAGGUUGGCCUGCCUGGAACACCAGGAAUCCCUGGGAAGGAAGGCCUCAUUGGUCCCAAGGGUGACAGAGGAUUUGAUGGCCAGAAAGGAUCCAGAGGCGAUCAGGGAGAAAAGGGGGACAGGGGUGCGCCAGGUGUUAUUGGUUCCCCAGGAUCGGUAGGAAGUGAUGGACCCCCUGGACCUCCUGGGCCACCUGGCAACAUUGGCCCCAAAGGCCCAGAAGGAAUUCAAGGGCAGAAGGGUGAAAGAGGCCCUCCCGGUGAGUCAGUCGUAGGAGCCCCAGGAGCACCAGGCAUGACUGGAGAAAGCGGAGAACAGGGAAGUCCGGGACUUGAUGGCCAAAGAGGAGAAAAAGGAGUACCUGGCAUGAUGGAAGAAGAGAUCCGACAGUUUGUCAGGCAAGAGAUGAGUCAACAUUGUGGUAAGCUUGUGGAGGCCAGUUCCCUCUUCCUGAACGGCGUAAGUAUUUUGGAUUACUAUGAACUGUCUUCUUCACUGCAGUGCUUGUCAUCUGAGCCAGUAUGCACAACUUUUGAGGAAUGCAGAAUCAACAGAAUGAGAUGA